UUUUCAGGGAUGUGGUCUCAUACGAUGACGGUGCAGGAUUACCAGGACCUCAUAGACAGAGGAUGGAGACGAAGUGGGAAAUACGUCUAUAAGCCCAUCAUGCACAAGACCUGCUGUCCACAGUACACCAUCAGGUGCCAUGCACUCAAGUUCCAACCUUCCAAAUCCCACAAGAAGGUCCUGAAGAAGAUGAGGAAGUUUGUGUCCAAAGGGGAGAUGCCCAAAGGACCGGACGGACCCGAUGGACCAGAUGGACCUGAUGGACCUGAUGGACUUGAUGGACCCGACGGUGAACCCAUGGACUCGGUCUGUGAAGGUCCUCGUAAACCCGGUCAAAUGUGUCCGUCUGAGCUCAAAUGUAGCGACAUCACAGACGUUCAGAUGGAUGCAGCGGAGCGUCCAGAUGUCCAGAAGGAAACGCCGGACGCCACCUCUACAGGAUCAGAGACGUCCGGAAAAGACCCGGGUCCACAUGGAAGACCAGCGUCCACAGGUCCUAAAGCAGGAAGCGGUGCUGAUCCGAACCGGCCUCCGUGUCGGAAGUCCAAAGAUCUGAGGAAGGAGCGGCGUCUGCAGAAAGAGCAGAUGAGGCAGCAGGCCGACGCCACCCCGCCCACCCCCACCCACACCAGGACCACCCAGCCCAAAACCCUGGAGGAGUUCAUCAGCGAGGCGUCACCUGAUGGCUCCGCCCACCACCUGGAGGUGAGGCUAGUGCGCUCCGCUCCCCCUAGUCCACAGUUCCUUGCCUCGUUCGACGCCUCCUACCAGGUGUACAAACUCUACCAGAUGGCCAUUCACAAGGACCCGCCUGACAAACCCACUGAGAGCCAGGUGAGGCUAGUGCCGGUCAGUUUCCAGGACCCAGGCUUCAUGGCGUCCUUUGACCAGUCCGCGGAGCUGUACGCCCGCUACCAGAUGGACAUCCACGGACGACCCCGACAGUGUAACCAUAGCCAGUACGCCAUGGUGCUCCUCCUGGUGCUCCUCCUGCUCAUGGUUCUGCUCCUCCUCCUGCUUCUCUUCCUCCUCCUGCUCCUCCUCCUCCUGAACCCUCAAACAUCCACCAGAUCACUCUGCUGAUGGAACUGUUUAAUG